GUCCUUUCUUAAAUGGUUAACGACUGAUUUUCUAUUUCUUUUUUUAUUCUGCUAAUAAUCAAAAUUCUGCACAUAUAUUUUCUCGUCUGCCUGGUGCUCCAUCUGCUUCCUCCUUAUGGGCUCCAAAAUGCUCCAAUCUUCUGUGGGUGUGUCGAUCUGCGUCUUCUUCAGCUUCAACACAAUCUUCUAGAGAUUAACAAACAGUACAUUUUAUUACCUAGCUGGCCUUGUUCGGAGGGUUAACAGCCUAACAGGAAUUGGCCGCGUUUACAGCGCUUAAAAUGUUGCUUGCUUGAUGGACUCUUGUGGAAUGAACUCUAAGAAUCAUGGCUAGCUUCAGCGAAGACGAAGAAUGCCGAUUUUUUGAUGCUCAAGAGGAGGUUUCGUCUAUUGCUGAUGGAAAUUUAGAUGACGCGGACACAACUGACGCUAAUUCAAGUUCGAACUACGGAACGUGCACUGGUACGGAUUAUGACAUGUGGAUUCGGAGCCCAAUGAGCGUGCGAGAGCGUAGGAGUAAAUUCAUGAAGUGGAUGGGACUGGGUUUGGAUCAAAGUGCCCUUGAAAAUUCUGUAGAUGCAAGCGGUGUUGAGGGGGAAGAAGAUAUGAACAGAAUCAAAGAAGGUAACGGGAAGGUGACCUUCGAUUCUGCGGAGGAGUUUUGCUCAAUUCGGUCAUCAAUGUCUUGUUGGUCUACUGUAAAUUCUUUGGACGAUCUUGGUACCACGGAGAACUCGGUAUGUGAAGAUGGGAUUUUGGACAUGAGAAUGAGUUAUAAUUUGGAUCUGGAGGGUCAGCAUGUUAAAGAGGUUAUUUCUGAUCAAUGCGUAGUCGCAGGGGCGCCUCGGGACUGUGGGAACAAAUCUGAGGAUUCUCCCCCUUCCCAACAUUUGGCAGGUAAGGAGUAUGGUGCGUCCGAGUUUUUGGGCUGGGGACGAAGAGGCAAAAGGGGUUGGUUCAAAAAAUUACGUUCAAUAACAGGCAUGGCUGACGGGGAAGGUGAUGGAAGGCAAGAAGGCAAUUGUGCCCGACGGUGUAGGAUCCAAAAAGUUAAAGUCCGUCAUAGCAGGAGGCAGAAAAAGGAACUUUCAGCCCUUUAUAUGGGGCAAGAUAUUCAAGCUCAUGAUGGUUCAAUUUUGACCAUGAAAUUCAGUCCUGAUGGACAGUAUCUUGCUAGUGCUGGUGAAGAUAUGAUUGUGCGGGUGUGGCAAGUUGUGGAAGAUGAGAGAUGCAAUGAAACUGACAUUCCUGAUAUUGACUCAUCCUGCAUAUACUUUACGGUGAAUAAUCUCUCUGAAUUGACGCCCCUCUUUGUGGAUAAGGAACAAAUGAGCAGACUUAAGAGUCUGAAGAAAACAUCAGAUUCAGCUUGCAUCAUUUUCCCUCCUAAGGUCUUCCGGUUGUUGGAAAAGCCAUUGCACGAGUUCCAUGGGCAUAGUGGUGAAAUUUUGGAUCUUUCUUGGUCAGAGAAUAAUUAUCUGUUAUCAUCUUCUGUUGACAAGACUGUCCGGCUAUGGCAAGUGGGAUAUGACCAUUGCAUGAAAGUUUUCUCGCACAGCAAUUAUGUGACUUGUGUACAAUUCAAUCCUGCGGACAAUAGCUAUUUCAUUACUGGAUCUAUUGAUGGAAAAGUGCGCAUCUGGGCAAUUCCAGAAUGUCAUGUUGUUGAUUGGACUGAUAUUAGAGAAAUUGUGACUGCAGUGUGUUACCGACCUGAUGGGCAGGGUGGGAUAAUUGGCUCCAUCACAGGAAAUUGUCGGUUCUACAAUGUCUCAGAGAAUCACUUGCAGUUGGAUUCACAGCUAUGCUUAGUUGGUAAAAAGAAACAUCCUGUCAGAGGGAUAACUGGCUUUCAG